UGCUUGUACUUAUUCACGACAGCUCGGAGCUGCACAGUCCAACAGGGGAAGCUGAGCAGAGGAGUAACAAAUGACUGAGGGGUCAUUCUUGAGUAAGGCAACUCAAAUGAGUCAAAGUAGAUUAUUUGUUCAGCUGUCAGUGGGGCUCCUUCUCAUUGCGGCAGGUGUAGGUGCCUCAUGUCCCAUUGAGUUGAGCCCCUCCAGUGUCGUGGUGCGGUAUGGAGACCCAGUUUCAGUCAACUGCACCACAACAGUGAGCCAUGGUGCAAUGGGUUGGGAGGCUUCAGUUGGAGGGAUAGGGAUUACAGAGGUCAACCAUUUGCCCUGGAAUGUGGAGAGUUUAACAGAAUGGGGCAUCUCUGCUUUAUGCUUUAUUAACACUAAUGAGCAGUGCCAGAAAAAUCUGAACAUCGUUGUUUACACAUUUCCAGAAAAAAUCCAAAUCAACUCCACCGCUGACUCCAAUGGUAUGAUGGUAGAAGGGGAGGAAUAUAACAUUACUUGUGAAAUCCCCAAAAUAGCACCAGUCCAAAAUCUUACUGUAAAGUGGUACAAUGGAGACAGAAUCAUUGAAUCAGAUGUCUUAGAAAUCAUUGAACCAAAUAACUUAAAAAAUACUAAACAACCAGUGAAACUUUUAUCUACCUUCCCGUUUACACCAACUCGAAACGACAGCGGUGCCAGGUUCAGAUGUGAGGCACAGAUGGACCUGAGCCCAGUAGGACCACAUUUGAAUGUAUCAUCACAGGAGCUUACUAUUACAGUUGUCUUUGGACCAGAUGUACAGUGUUCCAAUAUUAUUGAGCUAAUGGAAAAUGAAUCUUUGGAGGAGAAUUGCAAUAUAGCAGGAAAUCCCACCCCCUCGGUUAAAUGGCUGAAAGAUGGACAACCCUUCAACUCAACCACUCCGAUGAGAAGGGAAAAUGCAGGGAUGUACACACUUGAAGCUAAUGGCUUGCUCUCUGUCCAAAAGAACAUCCAGGUUCAUGUGUUAUACGGACCAGAGUUGAACUGCCCAAGCAUUUACAUGGCAGAGGAACAUACUCCUCACAAUCUCACCUGUACUGUUGAGGGCUUUCCUGAACCUGUCACGGUCUGGUACAGAGAUGAUGAGGUGGUGGAACUUCCAAAGACGUUGACGAGACUUGAUGCAGGACAUUACUUGAUCACAGCUUCAAACAAUCAGUCAAACGUUAACGCCACUGUGGAAAUUAUUGUUCACUAUCAACCAUCAGAGAUAUUUGAGCUUCAAGACCUUGAAGUCCACAUUGGUUCCACUGUGGAGCUGAAGUGCUCUUCCAGUGGAAACCCACGACCAACGUAUACCUGGAAUUAUUACCAGACUGACAAUGUGAUGGAGGAAAAUGAAGAUGGAGUAUCCCGUUUGGAGAUUCACAGCGCUACUGCAUACAACAUGGGUACCUACACGUGCCAUGCAUGGAACAACAAGGGAAGAAUUUCCAGAACAAUCAAAGUGACAGUUAUAGGUGCUGAGCAAGAAUGCCCACUUGAAAUAACUCCAAAUCCAAUGGUGCUUGAGUACAGAAGCAGAGCGCAGGGUGCAACGUGCAGCUCAACAUCCGCCAUCUCCACAAAUGUCAAGAGAAUGUACUGGGAGGGUGUAGAAUCUGAUAAUAUGACUUGGUUUACUAACACCAAUGAAGACUGGGGGAUGACGCCAGUUUGCACUGCAACAUUUCAAGGAAUAGGAAAAUGCCAAAAAUCAUUGAACUUUACUCUUUACAAAAAACCAGACAGUGUUUCCAUUUACCACGUGCAUCGCUUGAGCUCUGUGGAAGAGGGCAAAGAGUUCCAGCUGCGGUGUGACAUUGUCAGCAUCGCUCCAGCACAAAACGUCACUGUGUUGUGGUACAAAAAUCAAGACAUACUGAAAGAAACUGGCUGUCAGCUUGAAAACAACAAAACCUGCAAACUCAGUGAUGUCAGAUCCCCGGUAAAUGUUUCUGCCACAAUUAAUGUCAACCUGCAAAGGAAAGACGACGAAGCGGUGUUCAGAUGUGAGGCUCGGCUAAACCUGAGAUUAAAUCCUCUUCCGACUACAACAUCCAGCACCCUUAAGAUCACUGUCCUGUAUAAGCCCAAAAUUAAUACCACAAAGCUUCCAAAAGAAAUCCCCGUGUUCAGAGGCUACUCUGAGGAGCUUGUUUGUGAAGCAGAAGGUUACCCAAUCCCAAAGAUCCAGUGGCACUACAACCCAGAGUCCCAUGUGAAUGUUUCUAAAGGAAACCUCACUGUGUCUGAGCCGGGCAUCUACAACUGCACUGCCAGCAAUGACGUUGGUUCUGCAUCACAUGUGGUUGAAGUGAUUCUAAAAGAGGACUACCUCCCUCUCAUCGCUGGAUUUGUGGCUCUUGCAGUUGUAGCCAUCACCAUUGUCUUCCUCUUAAUCUACUCAGUCUACUACAAGAACACCAAAAUGCGCCACUACAACUUUAAAAACCCCAAAUUUAGCGAGCACAAUGGGAAUGUAGCUCACAGCAACGGCGACCUGCAGUUCCCUAUGACCAGACUAUCAACGCAGUACAUCUCUGCGUAGUAAAGAACAGACUGCUGAGCAAUCUGAAUUGGCUGCAGUUAACAGUGUUUUUAAAGUAUGAUUACCACUUCGACAAAGAUCUAUUCAUUCAAAUAUCACGCAACCUUCUACUGCAUAUCGAUUUUCCAAUACAUCAUAAUCAAAGGUGUAGUCCUAUUUGUCUAAGUAACAUUGUGCAUCGGUCACGACAAAAGCUUUUUCACUGCAGAAGCAAAUUUACAUUAUUCAACUACAACUGAGCAAUAGUGAUGCCAGCCUGACCUUAGUAACAUAAAACUCAUCUGUCUAAUCCCCUUAAUCAGUUCUUACAUGCUGCUUACAGCUCUUUCCUUUCUGGAUAUGUCUUCUUAAGUUUCCGUACUGUCUGUUUGAUAGUUGCCCGCUCUCUCUCAAACUUGCCUAUCUCCCUCAUGUAAUCUGUGGUGAAUUUUGCACCACUUUUCACACAUUUAUUCUCAGGGUUAUGAACAUAUCUGACUGCUAGUUUCUGAAGCCCUAAUUUGCUCUUGGCGUGUAAUUAUUGAAAUGAAUGUAAUUAUUGUAAUGUAUGUAAUUUAGGGUACGGUUAGAUCACCCAAAGCUUUCUUUCCCAUGAGCACAUUUUAGUGAACGCAUCAUCACGGUAAUUUGCUCUGGUGCUUUCAGUCACAAAACUGACACUGUGUCUCUUUGGUAAACUCUAGCAGAGCCUUUCUGACCUCAAAAGAAGGUUUUGUGAUGGCACAGGUCGUUACUAAAUCUGGCCCUAGAUGUCAAGAUGACAUUGUUGACCAAUUACUUUGUUGUCUUUUAACUAAAACUCUUAAAGUGACAGCUAUAUUUUGAAUGAUUAAGCUAAGUGGAUGUUUUAUUUCCUGUCUUGGAGAAACAAAAUGUUGGGCAUGACUCUGGACUACACCUCUGAUUAUAAUAGUGUUUCAUCCUUAAGAGAGUAAUGCUAGGUGCAACCACAGUUCCAUGAGUCUAAUCAUUUAAAGAAAAAAAUAGCAUCAACCAUACUUGAUUUAAAUUUGACAGGGUCUCUCCAUGUUCCCCUCUUCCUUCCAUGAAAGUUUUGUUCUCACCACUCCACUCACAAAACUGUAAUUUCACUGUGAAUCCUAAACUUGAGCACUCAUCAGCUUCACUCACAAACUAACGUGACAUCAUAUCCACGAUUAUCACUGGUCAUUAGAGCUAUGUGAGUACACUGAAUACUGUUUUUGUGUAUCACUAAUUCAAUCUUUAUUUACCAAACAACCCACAACAUUUCAACAGUUAAUUCUUUCAACUCGUAAAUAAGGCUCAGUCAAAUUUUAAUCAAGGGGUUUUUUGUAACUUGAUUGCACCUACCAUAUUUACACAAGUGUGUAUCUACUACUGGAUUCUUGCCAGUUUUCACUGGAUAGAAAUAUGUGAAGGAGUGAUAAGUUUGCUUCUGACUUGAAAGUGGAACCUUUCCUAAUUUAAUGAGCACAAAGAUAUUUGAUGUUUUUAUUUUUUGUUUUUUUCAUGGUUUUUUUUUCCUUCUUAAGGGUUCAAAUCAGUAUGCUUCAAGCUGAAAUUCAAUAUAUAUAUAUAUAUCAAUUACACCGUCUUGUCACCAGGUGCAUUUCACAGGGAGAUUUGGUACAUAAUUUUUUUUUUUUUUUAAAAACAUCUCUGCAGAGCUCAGCAGUGCACACAUACACAGACACACAUGCAGCAAUUUCAUUUUUUAACUUCCGUUUAUCACAGUCAUACAUAUCAUAUAAAAAUGUCAGUCAAAAUGUAGCUGUUAAUGUGACUGUGUUAUGUAAUCAAAAUGUGCAGAGAUGCUCUAACAAUGUACCAAUCUCCAUGUGAAAUUUAACAGGUGAGGACCUACAAGCAUUACAGUACUUCAGUGUAUACCAUGUAUUGAGCCAACUGUUGUUUCAGUCAUAACUUCCUAUAAGUCACUCUGCAUUCCUUUCUACAUAUGUAGCCUUUUCUGUGCCUGGUUCUUUUUAUGCCAAAAUCUAAAAGGUCUCUCAUUAUGGGACAAAUUGUCCUGUUCCACAGAUGAGUGACCACAGGCACUGCUACCCCAGUGUCUAUAUGAGCUGUAUGU